AUAAGUCAGUGCCAGGUGGCUGAUCAUGCAACCAGCUUGCAGGGAAAUUUAAAGUAAACAAGACACAUAUGACAAUUUACCAACACGAUGCAUUCGUCAAAAACUUUUUUUAGCUUCCAUUCCAAAACCGUAAAAAUUGUAAGAGUGCAUCGAAAGGGAAGCAGGCAGGGUAAAAUAUGGACAAAGGGAGAAGAGGACAUUGACCUCACAAGAGGUCGCUUGCGUUUCAGCUCCUCCUCCCCCUCACUGUCUGUCUCUCUCUGUGUGCUGUUACAAAAAUAGCUCCUUGGUCCUCUAUUCUUCAGCCUGUGAACCCUGUGUUCUGUUUCAGGCUUUGGCAAAGGCCUCGGUAAAAUGGGCAUUUCAGCCAAGAGGGCUUAGAGAUUCAACAGUGUAAAACUUCGUCUGGACAGUGGGAGAGUUAGUGGCGUCUCUACCUGGUGCCAAUUGCUUCCAUAGUCAAAAUGCAAUAUCACUGAUAAUGCUUUAUCUGUUUGUAAUUUUCAUAAAUAUUACUUCUCAUCGUCUUUUUUCUUUUUUUUUUUCUACUUUCUCCAGGGCCCUCUCCAUGGAUAUAGACACAGAUUAUGAGCGCCCCAAUGUGGAAACCAUCAAAUGUGUGGUGGUGGGGGAUAAUGCAGUAGGCAAGACCAGACUAAUCUGUGCCCGGGCUUGCAAUGCCACACUCACACAGUAUCAGCUGCUUGCCACCCACGUGCCAACCGUCUGGGCCAUCGACCAGUAUCGCGUAUGCCAAGAGGUUCUGGAGAGGUCUCGUGAUGUUGUGGAUGAGGUCAGCGUGUCCCUGAGACUGUGGGACACAUUUGGGGAUCAUCACAAAGACAGGCGAUUUGCCUAUGGGAGGUCUGAUGUUGUGGUGCUAUGCUUCUCUCUGGCUAAUCCCAAUUCCCUGCGCCAUGUUCGCACCAUGUGGUUCCCGGAGAUCAAGCACUUCUGUCCCCGAACACCUAUCAUCCUGGUUGGCUGCCAGCUGGAUCUGCGUUAUGCUGACCUGGAUGCAGUAAACCGUGCACGACGACCGUUAGCAAAGCCCAUCAAACCCACAGAUAUUCUUCCUCCAGAGAGAGGCCACGAGGUGGCAAAAGAACUUGGUAUUCCCUAUUAUGAAACCAGUAUCGUCGCCCAGUUUGGAGUCAAAGAUGUAUUUGACAAUGCCAUCCGUGCUGCACUUAUCGCUCGCAGACAUCUACAGUUUUGGAAGUCACACUUGAAAAAAGUUCAGCGGCCCUUACUCCAAGCUCCCUUCCUACCUCCACGUCCCCCACGCCCUAUAGUGGGGAUCCCCGAUCCCCCCCUCACCGAUGGUGAGGGUCCCGAUUCGCUCUUCUGUCACCCUCUGUGUGCAGAUGUUCUUUUCGUUCUGCAGGGCGGCACCACUCAUGUCUUUGCACACAAGGUUUAUCUGGCAACAUCCUGCUCCAAGUUCUACGACCUCUUCACCCUUGAUAUUGGUGGGUCAUGUGCAAGCCCACAGGGAGAGGAACAGGAAAGCAAAGAAAAUGUGGAGAGUGUGGAGGAGGAGGAGCAGAGCAGACGAGGAGCCAAGGAACAAGCAGGGCGCACCAAGAGCUUGGAUAUUGAUAAAGAUGGGGUUGAUGGAGGAGUGAGGGACCUGUACAGACCCCAACUGCUGCAGCAGGGCUCUUUGAGGACUUCCCAGAGUGAUAAUGCACUCCCAUCGUGUGCUCAGUAUUCAGUGGGGGUGCAAGGGACUGGACGAGCACUUUCAGGAUGGGGAAGGGGGUUCCUUAGUGUGCGUUUGGAGCAUGUUAACGAUCCAAUGACUGGACGACCACGACUCAUGACCGUGGUAGAGAUGGAUGCACUUAUACAGGAGGAACCCUUUAAGGCCGUGCUUCAGUACUUAUACACAGGAAACUUGGACGAGGGCCGAGGUGAUCUGAUGCAAGUGGCGACCAUUGCAGAGCUGCUUGAGGUGUUUGACUUGCGCAUGAUGGUGGCCAAUGUUCUGAACCGAGAGAGCUUCAUGAACCAGGAAAUCACCAAGGCCUUUCAUGUUCGCAGAGCCAACCGCAUCAAAGAGUGUCUCAAUAAAGGAACCUUCGCUGAUGUGGUGUUCCGGCUGGAUGACGGCUUCCUCCCAGCCCACAAGCCCCUGCUCAUCUCCAGCUGUGACUGGAUGGCUGCUAUGUUUCGCGGCUCUUUCAGGGAAAGUUACAUAGAAGAGGUGUCCAUCCCGAACACCAGUACAGCCUGUAUGCGUGGAGUGCUUGAGUUCCUGUACUGUGGACUUUUGACUCCAUGUCCCGGUUUGGAGCCCAUGGAGCUCAUUGUACUGGCCAACCGCCUGUGCUUGCCGCGCCUGGUCGCCCUCACUGAGCAGCAUGCCGUGGAUGAGCUUCUCCAGUUGGCAGUUAAAGGGGUUGACAUUGAUGGCCAGGUGUUGGCUUACCUCGAGCUUGCACAGUUCCACAAUUCCAAACAGCUCUCAGCUUGGUGUCUCCACCACAUCUGCACUAAUUAUAACAGCAUCUGCCGCAAGUUUCCCAAAGACAUGAAGGCCAUGUCUCCAGAGAACCAGAAACAUUUUGAGAAGCAUCGAUGGCCUCCUGUGUGGUUCUUGAAGGAGGAAGACCGCUACCUUCGCUCUCAGAAGGAGCGCGAGCGGGAGGAAGAGAUCCUGCGCAAGCAACACACCAAACGCGGCUGGUGUUUCUGGAGGCACCCGUCUUCCUCUCCACACAUCUCCUAAAAGCUUUUGCUCACUGACGUCUUCACCCUGUUCUGGAUCACUGCAUCAAAAAAAAAAAAGAAAAAAGAAAAAGAAAGCUAGCUCCUCACAUACUGUAUGUAUACUUAUAUAUACUUGAGGAUAGCUCUGAGUGCUUUUUAAAUGGAGUGAUUGCUCUCCGUGCUAAUAUGCCUGAAUGUUUGCAUGUUUGGGAGUGUGUACCUUUUGAUAGUAUGGAUCACCACUUGAGUGUUAUGUUGUGUGAACUAAUGUAAACUCUGCUGGAGGGUAUGUCCAAAAGGUGUGUGAGUGUAAGUGUGUGUUUUUGUGACUUGAGUGAUGCUUCCAAGUUGUGGGCUUCCCAGAUGCCCUGAUCUAUAAAGGCCUGUAACACUGCAGUGCAACUCCUCAUCCCUCCAUUAGCACUUCGUCCCUCCACCAGUACCCAAACGGUUGCAGCCUUUGAGUGAUUGGACUGGGAGCAAGGGCUCUCAUUCUCUCUCAGUCCCCUAGUCUCUAUUCUUCACAUUGACCUUAAUGACUUUUAAACACUGACCACUGCAGGUCCUUUUGUUUUUUUUUUAUCUCUGCCUUCACUUCUGCAAAGACUGUUAGCUUGCAAACACUUGUCACAAUCCACUAAUUUAAAGCCAGCAUUAAACUCACAAGAGCUUAAAGGAAUAUGAUCCAAUUUCAUUAAUAUUUGAUAUCUUUAAUGACAUUUUUCUGCAUUUUUUGACAUUGUUUUUAGAGGAAUUACUAGCAAGAAGUGAACGAUUUUCAUUGCAAUUACAAGUAUGAAUUUGUAAGGCUAACUUAAAAAGAAAAAUAGCCAACAGUGUUGUCUUUUUCUAGGCCUGCCUCCUCCUCUUCCUUCCACACUUGCUAGGAGAAAAAAGAGCAAAACACAAGCUGUUCUCAGUGACUUGAUUAGAACAAACUGCUCUUCAGAGAGUCUCACAUAGCCACUUUACAGCAAUGUUAGGGUAAAGCAAGCCUUACUUAAUUUAUUUAGAUUUCUGCCACGGUGGACGAUGGUCCAGUAUUAAACGUCCACAACCACUAGGUUGCUUUGAAGCACCUAAGCCAGCCUGCCUUUACACCCCUGUAUCCUCUAGGGGCAGCACUGCUCAGGGCCUUGCCACUAACUAACCCAACAGGUGUGUUUUAUUUUAUUUUUUAAUACCAUUUUUUUUUGUUUUAGUUAGAAUAUCACCUUCAGUUUAUGCAGUGUCAAAAAAGCAGCAAAAAGAAACAAAAAAAAAGGAUAAAAACAAAAACAUAAGCUUAUAAUAAUACAACUUUUUCUGGACUCUAAACACCAAAGCUGUAGAUCUUUUCAGUUUCAUCUUUUUUUUUUUUUUUUAGUAUCUUCGGUUUUCAGUUGUGGAUGAUAUGUGAGGAAAUUUGAGAGUAACUUUUGGAAGGGGACAGCAUUUUGAGGAUAUAUUUGAAGUCUUCUUUGGCGUAGUCAAUCUCAAGUGUCAGGAGAAACGGGUCACUCAAGACAUUGCCUUCCCCUCCUGUUAGCUGGGGUUGAAAGUGGUGCUUAAGAUGUGUCCACACAGUAUUUUAAAUAAGCAUCAACACACACAGCUUGGUAUUGAGUCUUUAAACAUCUCUCUAGUUGCUUGCUGAUUACCUGUUGAGCAUGUGUUAGAAUUUAAAGGUAACCUAAACCAUUAAAAAAAAAUCUUUGCAAACUGCUAGCAGUCAGUAGGAGUUCAUAACUUGUUUUAAAUGAGGGUUUCUGAUUUUUACAGUGGUUAAAACCUUAUGGUGUUUUUCUCAGUUUUUUCUUUUUUUCAAAAACAGCAUAACUUAUUACUUUUAUUUGUAACCAUAAAAUGGAUUUAGCUUUGGGUGUAUUUUACAGUCACUAUAGGUGUUUUACAACUGGCAAAUUAUUUUAUUGCUAUAUUUUAAUGGUGCUAAUUUAUUUGGGCUUUCAUACUGAAUGUGAACAAAAAAAAGAGAUGUUUGGUGAUAAGUUUCUUUUCUCACACUGAUCCAUUUGUGGGUUUGGGCCCCUCAGCUUUACCCAGGCAAAUGUAGGUGUACUGUGUGAGACAUGUGGUGUGUUCCGCAGUUUUCCAUUGGAGGUGCGUAAAGUAAUUUUCAGCUACCAGAAUAGAAGCAUCUCUUGAGGCCCAAGUGAGAACUGAGCUGAUUCAUCUCUGAAAACAGUAAGGUUGACGAGAAAGCAAACAAGUCCCAGUUUAACAUUAGGUACAUCCUACAUAUUCUGGAUGGAUUCCAUUAGCAGUUAUUAAGAGUGAAGCACUUUGCUAAUUUAGACAAAAGGCAGAGAGAAGAGAAAAGAAAAGGGAGUUUUUUUGAUUGAUGGUAUUUUUACAUUUUUUUUCUUGGUCGUACUAAUGGUUAAGCUUCUAUUUUUAGUCUGUGUGCCUUAUAUUUGGACUAAACAAAGUGUGGAAUUUUAGCAGCAUGUUGCUCAAACCCUGCAGGCAUGUUCUGCAGUGAUAUGACAGACAAUGCCACAAUUGUAAAAAAAAAAGAAAUAUGGGUUGCAUCAUCCACUCUUAAGCAUAACCCUCCUUGAGGAGUUUUAGUCUAAUGCAACAUCUUUAGGCAUACGUUGCAAUGCCAUCAACGUAGGGUGUGUUUUUCUGAUCAUAUGACCUUAGAUUGGGAUUCAUAUUGUGGCUGGAAUCAUCUACUGACCGGGUGAUGAAGAGGGCAUUUCCAUUUAGGAGAAAUCAUCACUUGUUUGAAAGCCCAGCUUUUUUAGUUUGCACUGGCUGGCCUGUGCACUGGGAAGGUGCAACCAUUUUUGGGUUAGCUUGCAGCAUGGUGGUCAAGAUUUGUCGGUGUGGCAUUGGUGUUGUUAUGCACUUUCUUAGUUGUCGUAGCUUUGUAUUGUUAGCAUGAAUUUUAUCCUCACAUAGCUGAUGUUUGUAGCAUGACGUUUCUUCCUUGAACUUUUCCCCAGAAGCCUCCAGUAACAGGAGUCACCAGGCUUCCUUAAGGCCUCGUUGAUGCCGAGCCUCACAGCAGCUCUUUUAGUCCUGAGUGGCUUUAUGCAUGUUUAACUCAGCACCACUUGAGGUAGCAUUAUUGCAGGAACAUUUAAAGACAUUAGCUUGAUAAGGAUUUGUUACGGCACUGUUUGCUCUUUAUGUAGCAACGGAUGAGGUCCAUAAUUAGAAUUUUUUUAGAAGCAUUAAAACUCUGAUGUUUGAAAGGAUGUUUUUAAUGGUUAACAGUCACGUUUGUUGGCAUUUAGUUUGCACAAACUAUUUUGGAAUUGGUAAAAAAAAAAAAAAAAGCAUGGCUGCAUGCUUUCCAGGAAACCUUUUUAUGCUUUUUGGAAUGUAGAACUUUCUACAACUAAUAAGACAAGAAAAAAAAAAACUGAUUUAUUGCUUUAAGUAAAAAAAAAGGCAACAUAUUUAGUACUUUUCUUCCAUUUCUCAGUAUUUGAUCCACAUUAACUCUAACAUGCCAAAGUUACAUCUUGUUGCAUUGUAAUGUAAAACACAGGUUCAUGGGAUAGGUAUUGCGUUUUUAUAAAGUGUUUUUUAUGUCAUCCUUUUAUACUGCCCUAAUUACUUUAGACAGAGCGGUUCUUCCUCUCUUUUAUUUUCCGGCCUGAUUUUCCUUCCAUUAAGUGAGGCCUAGCGACUGAGAGAACACCACUGUUUGAAGACGUCGGUGUCUUCUCUCCUGUGCCUUCAGUGAAGUUUCACCUUUUCAGCUUUGAACUGGUUGGCUGCACUGCUGUGUGUGUAGCUGUCUGUCUGGGCUCAAAUUCAAACAUCAGUUAAGCCAAGAAAUGAACUAAAAGCAGUUAGCUUUUCUCAAUGCAGAGUGUCUUAAACUUCCAGUAUACUGGCUUUGGAUUUUUUAUGAUCUAAAGUCACUGGCUAGAUAAUAAAUGGCUUCCAGUGCUAACACGUUGAGCUUUACCUAGUCCGUUUUUAGCAUUGUUUAUGAUAACGCUACGCAAUAUGAAUUUUCAAAUGACCAAGAAACCCAGCAAACCAGCAAUUCAUGUCUGCACUUUUCCAGGUGCCUGCACUUUUCUUAUGUAGCCUAAUAUUUGUAUUCUGUCUUUAUAAUGACUUCUUUUCUUCUUGAGCAGCAAUGAAAUAUCAAUUUUCUCCUGUUGUUUCUUUCUUUUAAAGCCAUGCUCUGUAACUAUUUCCUUUUGCUUCUGCUACGACUUAUUAUCUAACAAUCUGACAGAGUUUUCAGUUAAAUCUGUGAACAACGUGUUGGAUUUAAAGCAGAAAUUACCUGUGACCGAUGUAAGCUUGAUGCUUUUAAGGAAAUAGUAAUUAGUACAAACAACACAGUGUUGGAAAAUAUCAUGUACACAGAUGAAAAUAACCCUCCACCGGUUGAAAACUCACAACAAUGUAUCUAUUUACCAUGUUAGUGUAUACAUAACUUAGCUAAUAGCUUGUAUGCACGGGCUGUCAUUUAACACAUAUGGUGUAAUUAGACUUUGGCCUAUACUGUAAUUUUUAGGUGGAUCGUACAUACUGUAUAAUACUGUUAUGCUUUAUGUUUAUUUCUUUGAUUUAUUAGAGUGUUAUUUACAUUCACUGUCUUGUUGCUACAUUGUGUUAUUCAUAAAGUUGUGUUUAUUAAAAGUUAAAAGAAAGAGCACACUACACUCACAAAUUAUUAAGGGCUUAAAAGAAACAAUCAGAAUGUUUUGCUGCUGUUGCAAAAAAAUGUUUUAAAAAUUAAGAUUUUGUAAUAUUUUUCAACCACUGUGAUUUUUACAAAAUUAAAACAAGAUAUGUAAAGAACUUUUUUUUGCCAUUUCAGUAUUUUGAUGUUUGACUUGAAUUUUAUUAAAAUUGUUAAUCCUUUGA